CGGAAACUCUGAGUGCGAGAUGGUUGUACAGCCUGUCUUCCAGGCUUUAUCACCCGUCCAAGAUAGCAACUUGACUAUGCAACUUGAAAGGCGCGGGCUCCAAUCACAUUUCACCGAUCGUCUCCAACAUGCAGCAUCGUCUUGGACUUCAACCCUCUCUCAUCCUGCAAAAGCACCCUGAACUCUCUUCAUAAACAAAAUAAUCAAGAGGGAAACAAAAAAUCAGGGCGUUAAAAGAUCGUAACUACGCCUCUUGACCAUCUACAAAGACCUCGAGAUAAUAGUUCAGGCGUGCGAAGUAUCUUCAAAGGCAUAUGGACUAUUUUAAUGCUCUUCAGCUAUCUUUGAGCACCCAUUGACCUUCUUCCUGUGCGUUUGAUCCAAGUGUCUCGCCUAUCGUCCGACUAUCAUCGCCACCUGGGUGAGGGGUUCCCAAACCCAAAUAUGCAUCCAAGCAACUUUAGUAUCAGCAGGACUCGGCCUGGAGCAAGGAUCAUGCAGGUCGAUGUACCCUCGGUCCUGAGGCAUUGACCACUUGUAGUUGCAGGAUGGGAAGUUUGGGCGUGUCAGCCAGGUAUUGAGGAGAGGGGAAAAUGCAAUCCCCAGGCGUCUUGAUUGCCAAAGGGGUCAUAAAAGGCGGGGGUCGUUCGGCAGGUACCAAAGCACUAGUUCUGCUUCACGGGAACAUAAAGAGACGGUGGUUUUCCCUCCAGUUUGUGCUUUUCAUGAAGAGUUCGUCGAGCAGUCUUCCGGGACUGGGACCAAGAUCAUCCUCGACUUGAUACUGGAAACGCCAACAUGUCGCCUCUACCUGAGGAGUUUGACAUUAUUGUGUGCGGAGGGGGCUCGACGGGAUGUGUUGUGGCGGGAAGAUUGGCGAAUCUCGACCACAAUCUCAAGGUGUUGCUGAUCGAGGCAGGGGAAAACAACCUCAACAAUCCCUGGGUGUUCAGGCCAGGAAUCUUCCCGCGGAACAUGAAGUUGGACUCCAAAACGGCUACUUUCUAUGAGUCUAACCCUUCACCAUCACUCUCUGGUAGAGGUGCCAUCGUUCCGGCAGCAAAUAUACUUGGAGGCGGCAGCUCUAUCAACUUUAUGAUGUACACGAGAGCAUCUGCCUCCGACUAUGAUGACUUUCAAGCCAAAGGAUGGUCAGCCGAGGAACUCCUCCCUUUCAUGAAGAAGUUCGAGACCUACCAGCGCGCCUCCCACAAUCGUGAGACACACGGCUUUGAGGGACCAAUCAAGGUCUCUUUUGGAAACUACCAGUAUCCGAUCAAGGACGACUUUCUUCGCGCUGCGGAGUCUCAAGGUAUCCCAAUCGUUGAUGAUCUUCAAGACCUGAAGACUGGUCAUGGCGCUGAACAGUGGCUCAAGUGGAUCAAUCGUGAUACCGGCCGUCGUAGUGAUGCCGCCCACGCCUACAUCCACGCCACCCGUGCCGUCCACUCGAACCUGUACCUUGCUUGCAAUACCAAGGUUGACAAGGUCAUCAUCGAGAACGGGAGGGCUGUGGCAGUUCAGACUGUUCCGACCAAGCCGUUGGGCAACAGCCCAGGCACUCGUAUCUUCAAGGCGCGUAAGCAGAUCGUGGUGUCAGGCGGAACCAUGAGUUCACCCUUGAUCCUCCAGCGCUCCGGUAUUGGCGACCCUGCCAAGCUCCGCGCCGCCGGCGUCAAGCCGAUUGUCGAUCUUCCUGGUGUUGGUCUUAAUUUCCAAGAUCAUUACUUGACCUUCAGUCUCUAUCGAGCCAAACCCGGAGUGGAGAGUUUUGAUGAUUUUGCCCGUGGUGAUCCUGCUACUCAGAAGCGUGUCUUUGAGGAAUGGAACCUCAAGGGAACCGGUCCCUUGGCAACCAAUGGCAUCGAGGCAGGGGUGAAGAUCAGGCCCACGCUUGAGGAAUUGAAGGAGUUUGAGUCGUGGCCAACACCAAACUUCAAGGAGGGCUGGGAGUCGUACUUCAAGAACAAACCCGACAAGCCCGUCAUGCACUAUUCGGUCAUCGCUGGCUGGUUUGGCGACCACAUGCUGGUGCCUCCUGGGAAUUAUUUCACAAUGUUCCACUUCCUUGAGUAUCCCUUCAGUCGUGGAAAGACUCACAUCACGUCUCCCGAUCCGUACGCCGUCCCAGACUUUGAUGCCGGAUUCAUGAGUGACCCUCGCGAUAUGGUACCUAUGGUCUGGGGCUACAUAAAGUCUCGCGAGACCGCCAGACGUAUGGAUGCCUAUGCAGGCGAGUGCCAGAGUAUGCAUCCUGUCUUUGACUACGACUCGGAAGCUCGCGCUCAUGACCUCAACUUGGCCGACACAAACGCUUACGCGCUUCCUGGCAACAUCACUGCCGGUAUCCAACACGGCAGCUGGAGCGUCCCGCUCCCAGAGCCCGAAGACAAGCUCACACCGGAGAACAUCAAACGCAUCGUCUCCAGCAACCGCAAGGACAAGAGAAGGGAGCUCAAGUAUACCAAAAAGGACAUCCAAGCCAUCGAAGAAUGGGUCAAGCGCCACGUGGAGACCACCUGGCACUGCCUGGGCACGUGCUCCAUGGCUCCCAGGGAAGGGAACAGCAUCGUGAAGCAUGGCGUCCUCGAUGAACGCCUCAACGUCCACGGUGUCAAGGGCCUCAAAGUAGCAGACCUUUCCAUCGCACCAGACAACGUGGGAGCGAAUACCUUCACAGUGGCCCUUACAAUUGGAGAGAAAGCGGCGGCUCUCGUGGCAGAGGAUCUCGGAUACUCUGGUGAGGCUCUGGAGAUGAAGGUGCCGGAUUAUCAUGCACCGGGCGAGAACCGGCUUGCCAGUCGACUUUGAGCGAGGCUCGUGCACAGGCCUCUUCAGAAAAGCGUCACAGGCAACAGGACGCAAGCUGGAAAGCAAUGGAGCGGAAAGGGGGGAGGGAGGUGGAAGAAGGGGCCCAGACAUGAAUCUCAAGAAAAGUGGAUCCAAUCCAGGGGCUUGAUAGGGGCAACACAACUCGGACACUGGGGACACUCCUUUGAGUUACGUAUUCUUUUGAAGGUCUUCGUGGGAAGCUUGGGUAUGAGUUUCUACUUGUUUUAUGGAUAUCAAACCUACUUGAAUCAAUACCUGAAUGGUUACGGGAUAUUUUUAGCACCCCGGCCGUCCUCAGUACCGUAGGGGUCAAUGGCAACCACACACACGUGCGUUUAUGGACCUGUCCUUCUCAUUAGACACUCGAUAGCCAGGAAUACGUGACAUGAUAAACCACUCAGCGGCAGAAAAUGGCAUUUAAUAUGCCGAAAAGACCAGAAAACAAGCCCUCAAAUGCAACUCCAAGACCUAUCAACCAUCUUAAGAGGCCUGUUGAUAUCCUAAAGGGCCUAUUAACUAUCUCAAGAGGGCCGCUUACUAUCUUAAAAGACCUGUUGACUAUCCUAAAAGGCCUGAUUACUAUUUAACGAGGCCUA